AUAUCAGUCUAAGUAUAAAUGACAAUAGUGUCCCUGCUAUGUUUACAACACAGUACUGCAUUCCAUGUGAUGAUAUGACGUAGACCUCAGUCGCUCUGCCAAAUUGCAGGGGGGUUCCAUCAUGGCGUCGAUGCAGAAGAGGCUACAGAAGGAACUAUUAGCUUUGCAAAAUGACCCACCUCCUGGAAUGACGCUGAAUGAGAAGAGUGUACAGAAUACAAUUACGCAAUGGAUUGUAGACAUGGAAGGAGCCCCUGGAACACUGUAUGAAGGAGAGAAAUUUCAGCUACUUUUCAAAUUUAGUGGUAGAUAUCCAUUUGAUUCACCUCAGGUCAUGUUCACUGGCGAGAAUGUGCCUGUUCAUCCUCAUGUUUAUAGCAACGGUCACAUCUGUUUGUCCAUAUUAACAGAAGACUGGUCCCCUGCACUUUCAGUGCAGUCUGUCUGUCUUAGCAUUAUCAGCAUGCUGUCCAGCUGCAAAGAAAAGAGACGGCCUCCUGAUAACUCGUUUUAUGUAAGAACGUGUAAUAAGAAUCCAAAGAAAACUAAAUGGUGGUAUCAUGACGAUACUUGCUAAUGUCCGACCUUGUAAUACUCCUAGAUGUCCUACUGAGUACAUAAGCACUUUUUAAUCAUUCAGUCUUUGAACUUUAAACCUUUGACUGGAACAAUGGACACUGUACGCUGGAGGCUUCCUUGACUGCAACUCUUGGCAGUUGGACACAUUUUAGCUGGUUGUACAAACAAAAGGAACCUAAUGCACUCAACAUGCAUUUUGUUGGCAUAAAGGCGUUACGCAGCAAGCAGGGAGAUUUUGUAGUGAGGUUAUUCCUAUUUAUUUUGUUUUCUUUUGUAUUGGAAGGUUUAAAGGUCCUCAUGUAUUGUGCAAUAAAUACGAUUGAUGCAUGCUUGGGCCUACACAGACAAAGACAUGUGAUAUCCAAAUCAAACGGGAUCCUUAGGCGUCUUAACCCCAUCUUUUUUCUUUUCUUAAAAACUGAAAUAAUAUGCACUGUGAAUAACUGUUGUGGCACAACUUGGUGUUAUAUUUUGACCAUAUUAAUACUGCAACUGCUCACCUACACUUUAUAUUCAGGUUUUGAUUUUAUUUGAUAUUUUUCCUCUUGAAUGAUUCAUGAAUAUUAGUGGCCCUUCAGUCUAAUUUUUUACAGGCACCCGAUGACAGGUCCUGACGAGACUGGUUGUUACAUGGGUCGAAUUGUUCGAACACCAGUUUAAAACCAAGGAUGUUGCUUCAUUAUUAAGUGAAUGUUCUAGUCUCCUGACACAAGUUGAACUGAUCAAAUGCUACUCAAUAUUCUAUGUUGAUGGAUUUGAAACAUGUAAGGGCAAGAGAAGUUCACCUUGCAUUUUAUGAAUGUGUAAAAAAUAACGUAGUGUGUGCUGUUUGUUUUUAUUUGUUUGAUACCUUUUAAUCUUGUGAGAUGUCGCUUUGUUUUUUUUUUGCUUGCAAACAUUCAAGAAAAUAUUUUGAUUUACCUGCCUUUUUGGGGAGGUCUUAUUGAACAUAAAUGUACUAAUUUAUUCUCCAGAGUUUUAGUUACCAUCAAAAAGGUUUGUGAUGUCUGUGAGCAGUUUUGAAAGAUAGGUUCAUAAAACUAGAGAGAGCUUGCUCAUCUGGUUCUAUUUAUUGGCUCAGGUACGUUGUCAGUAACAAAUGUCCUAUGAGAAAAUCCUAUACGGAUAUUGUGCAUUUAGCAACAUGUUCAUCAAAAAAGGUUGCAAUGUCAAAUAUUUGUUUGAAGAAUAUUGCACAUUAUUCUUUCAAUUAUUGAAUGAUGGAUAAAAGCCUAACUUUGCAAUGGGUGCAAGGAAAAUGCAUUGUCCUCCAUUUGUAUUUACCUGUUAUAGACCUGUAUGUGGCAGAGUCCCUGACUAUUUGCAGACUACCGAAGGUUAGUUGAAGUUUGAACUGAACAGGGGAAGAGCAGCCACUUAAUUCUAGGUGCUGUUCAGUCUUACACUUUGCCUCUGCACUUUUUUGCUGAUCGGCACCGACAGUAUAUAGUCAUUAAACUUUAUGAUCAUCAAAGUGAAACGGUUGAGCAGCUUUGCUUAAGUGUGUCUGUAUAUAAUGCUCUAUACUUUCCCAUCGGUACCACAAUGGGCUGCAUUUAUGUAAACAUUGAUGAUCAUGUACAGUAAAUCUAAAUGCUGAAGACAAGGUUUUGCCUAGUUUAUGAUGUAACAAACCUUGCUCUAAGACGACUUUAUUAAUAUCAUUCAUUCUGGUUGAUUGAAUGUUCUUCAGUAACAUAACUAUGAUUUUUUUAAAGAUAAGGUGUCUCAAGGGUGUGGCAUGAGUAUGAUACUGGUUAAUGCUUAGGCAUGAGGGAUUUUUAAAGGACCAUGAUAAAUUUGGUUCAUUGUCUCUGUGGAUAAAUGUAUAUGAGCUGUAUUGAUGUGAAAGGGUUCAAAUGAAAGAAGUAGCCUGUGUUACUGUGACACAAAUUAGAUGUUGGUUAAAGUAAUCGUUGCUGCUUCUUGACACUGCAGAAGCAGCCAACUGAUACUGUAAGGCAAGUGAACACAAGGUUAAUGGCUCAGCGACAUACAGUAAAUGCCAUGACAAAUAUUAUGAUUUUAUAGUGUAUAAUUAGUUGGGUCAUCCUGUACUCCUGGUUUUCCCUCGAUUGAGCAAUGAGUGUGGAAGGGCGUUGGUGGAACAUUUCAUUUUUUUUCCCCACCCCCUUUUUUAUGGGUUUGCAAAUUGAAUUAAAUUUAGGGGAUAUCUUUUUAUUUGGAGAAUUCCUUGUAGUAAUGUACAAGCUACAUGUAAGCUGUGCCUGUUAAUAAAAAGAUCCACUGUUGGUGCUGCUCUGUUGGUUGAAA